CCCCAAACCCGUUCAAUUUGAAUUCGGAAACUUUCCCAAAAAGUGGUUUACCGAAGCAUCUUUCACGCGACAGCAUGCUGUAAAGCUGUUCAACGGCACAGUUUUUAAAAUUUGAAAAAGGGCGGGCCAGCGAUUUAAUGGCAGUUUUUUUAACAAGUGUUAAAUGAAGGACAGUGGUUUGAGAUGACAAGCUUUGAGUGCAGGAGCUUCCUACAGUUUUUUAUUAAUUGUUUUCCGAUGAAGAAGCUCCUCAUUUCAAUCUAGAAGAAUAAACCCCAAAUCCGCUGAAUUUUUGCAUAUAUCUUGUCGAAUAAAUUGAUGGUAGGAAAGAGGGGGAAAAAUCAAGGUACAGGCUUGGUUAUGGGCGAUCUGUCGAAUGGAUGAAAAAUUGGAGUAAUAGAUCAUGUUCCAUGGCAGAUGUUCUUGCUUGAUUCUUCUGUACAAGCAUUAGGAAAUCAGGGGUACAUUUCACUGUAGCUUAACUGACCAAACAAUGACUGGGGUUCAGCAGCUCAAUAAUGUCCGCAUUACCCGGGCAAGGGCUGCAAAGUCCACAUCUAAUAAUAAUGCUGUUUCCUGUGAAAAUCAACUACCCCCACCCUUUCCUCUAUCGGGCCAAAGGAAGAGGAAGAAGAGACCAGCAGCUGAAGACUCGACAACACAUUCUUCAAAUGUUGCUGUGAGCCCAUCUAAACAUCGAGCAGCUCUUGGAGAUGUGACUAAUAUCUAUAAAGAUGGAGAACCGGUUAAUUGCUUGCCAAGAGUCAAGACACGGAAGGUUGCGUCUCUGGGUAACAAUAGCAAAGGAAGAGGCCAAGGAAUUAUUCAGAAUGUCAACACAGAUACACAAGUUACAGAAAUAAAAAAGGAUAUGGUACUUGGUCCUUGCAAUUCCAAGGAUGGUUCUUCUAAUAAUGCUGUUAGGAUUGAUGAAAAAAACAGCAAUGGGGAGAAUGUGCAGGGUGCACAGGCUAAUUCUAAAGAGCCAACUACAAUUACAGAAAAUAUACCAGUGCAUUCAUCAUCCAAACAGCCUGUAGCUGAAACAAAAAAUGAAAAUGCUUCAGUAUGUGCUAAUGAGGUGUUAGUUUCUUCUCUGAAGCAACAAACUUGCCAAAACCAGCAAGUACUGAGAGAGCUAAAAAAUACUUCAAAACAAGGUGUUCCUGCUAUUCUAGUAAAAUCUCGUGAAGGUGCAGGGUGCUCUAGCCGUUCUCACUAUAUUGAUAUUGAUUUAGACCAUGGUGAUCCUCAGAUGUGUACUGCUUAUGCCACAGAAAUUUAUGAUAAUUUACGUAUAAUAGAGCUAAAACGGCGAGCAUCACCUUACUACAUUGAAACAAUUCAGCAGGAGAUCAAUGCAAAUAUGAGGGGCAUACUUGUUGAUUGGCUUGUUGAGGUUGCAGAGGAGUACAAGCUUGUGCCAGAUACACUUUACUUGACAGUGUCCUAUAUUGAUCGGUUUCUCUCUGCAAAUGUUGUAAAUAGACAAAGGCUUCAGCUUCUCGGGGUUACUUGCAUGCUUGUUGCGUCGAAGUACGAAGAAAUUUGUGCUCCUCAUGUGGAAGAAUUUUGUUACAUUACAGAUAAUACCUACACAAGGGAGGAGGUUUUAGAAAUGGAGAUUGAUGUCUUAACUUAUUUGCGAUAUGAUCUGACAACACCAACGACUAAGAGCUUUCUCAGGCGUUUUGCCCGGGCUGCUCAAACAUCAUAUAAGGUUCCAUCUCUUCAUCUGGAAUUCAUGGGCAAUUAUCUUGCUGAACUCACCCUUGUUGAGUAUGAUUUUCUCCGUUAUGUUCCGUCUAUGAUAGCUGCAUCAGCUGUAUUUGUGGCAAGGAUGACUCUUGACCCUGGAACUGGCCCCUGGAAUUCUACUCUGGAACAUUACACAGGCUAUAAAGUAUCAGACAUGAAGGACUGCAUCCAGGCAUUGCAUCAUUUACAGCUAAAUAGCAAAGGCUGUGCAUUGACUGCAGUCAGGGAGAAGUAUCGCCAACAUAAGUUCAAAUGUGUGGCAAACAUGUCGCCUCCACCAGUAAUUUCUCCUCAGUUCUUGAAAGACCAAUAAUAAUGAAGUUGGCACUAGUAUCUUGAGGCUGAAUGGGUCUUAAUUUAGUAGGGAAUUUUUUGACUUCAUAUGUAAGGACAUUCAUUUAUGUCCAUGCAAGUUCUCGGAUAGCCUAGCUGAAAUUUCACCUGUCUUGGGUGAGAUACUUUGCUUAACUUCCAUACAGAGGAUUACAUACAAUGCUCAGCACACUAAUAUUUGCAAAAGGUGUAAAUUUUAAACUUGGAGCAGCAUCAGGUCUUACUAUUCUGAUGUAAUUAACCUGUCAAAUACGUUUUGUAACAUGACAAGAUUGAUUGAUUGCUACGAAAGUGGGCUAGCUUGGGACUGAAUUUGUACUGACAUGUUUACUAUGCAUUUUUCAUCUAAUUGAAAGCAUGGCCGAAAGCUACUUAUUAGUGUUAA